AUGGCCAAGAAGAAGCGCCAGAGGAUCAGCUAUGUACUGCCUCUGGCAAGUACGCCAGGUGGCCAUCGACUUGGGGUGAACGGGCUAGCAUUUGACGAGGAUCGCUCCAUACUAUACACGGGCGGCCGAGAUGGCGUGAUAUGCGCGUGGGAUUUGGAUUUGGAGGCGCAGAGGUUGUACCAACAAGAAGCAGACGCAGCCAAAGACAAGAAAAGCACAGUGUCAUUCCGCAAGCAGGUGCAGGCACAUACCCAUUGGGUCAACGAUAUUGUCCUGGUCAAAAAUAACCUGGGACUUGUCUCUGCUUCAUCCGAUGUCACUGUCAAGCUGUGGAGGCCGCAUGCACAUGAAUCGUCUCAAGCCUACACCAUCGGCUCUCACAGUGACUACAUCAAAUGCCUCGCAACACCUGACCGGACCGCCAAUUGGGUCGCCUCAGGAGGCUUGGACCACAGGAUUUGUCUGUGGGAUCUAAAUGGAGGUGGCAAGAACCUCGAAAUCAACGUGGCAAAGGUAGAGGAUGUGGUCAAGGGAUCUGUAUACUGCCUCCGCGCGCGAGGGUCUCUGCUCGCCAGCGGAGGGCCGGAAAGUGUCGUUCGACUGUGGGAUAUCAAGUCCGGCAAAGGUAUAACCAAGCUUGUCGGGCAUACGGACAAUGUCAGGGACAUCUUGAUCAGCGACGAUGGUGAUACACUGCUCACGGCCUCGUCCGAUCAGACAAUCAAGGUCUGGUCCAUUGCCGCCGGUCGAUGCAUUCAUACCUUGACCAUGCACAACGACAGCGUCUGGUGCAUGUACUCGGACGAUCCCAAUCUGUCUGUCUUCUACUCCGGAGACAAGUCAGGCCUGGUGGCUAAGACCGAUACUCGACGGGCAAUGGAGAUUGACGAUGGGGUGUCCGUUGCGGUUUGUCAAGAACACGAUGGGAUUGCUCGGGUUCUCCCUGUUGGCGACUCUGUGUGGACAGCUACCUCGAGCUCAAGCGUCAAUCGCUGGCUUGAUGUCGAUACCGAGCUUGAGGUUGAAACACCUCCCGCGUCCCCUCGCGAAGAAAGGGCCGCCAGCCCAGAGUCAAGAACUCAUUUGAGCCCCGAGCCUGCUGCGGCUUCGCCAACGAACGGCACCACGAACGGUGAAGUUGAGCACAAAAAGAAAAUCCCCCACAAUGCAAUUUUGCGCGUGUCAAACACCGCCGUUCAUCCUGGCAGGAAGCAUCUGGGUAGACAUGCCAACGUAUCGACGACAAAUUUGAGGAAGGCUUCGGAAGCGAUGAUUACUGAUGAUCUGAGUCUGGUUGUGCCUAUCAGGGGUCAACCCGCUGAGACCAUCGAGGGCCAAAAUGGACUCAUUAAGCAUGUUAUGCUGAAUGAUCGGAAGAGGAUACUCACAUUGGAUACUGCCGGCGAGUGCAUUCCUAUCAAAUCUUUUGGCCGUCGUCAUCUUGACGAAGUGGUGCCCGAGGUCAACACAACUGAAAGCGUCGCUAAUUGGUGCGGCGUGGAUACCAAGACCGGAAAGAUCACGGUCAUGCUCGAGGAGAAUUACUGCUUUGAUGCUGAAGUGUAUGCAGACGAGCUAGACUUGCCCAGCGAUCUCGCCUUUCGCGAGGACCAGAGAAUCAAUCUCGGCAAAUGGGUACUGCGCAACUUGUUUUCGAAGCUCGUCGACGAAGAGAUUGCUCGAGAUGAAGCAUAUCGACGCACGCUGCAGAGUCCUGUCGUCGCUGCUCCAACUCCUAGUGGUCUUAUUCGCCCUGGUGCACCAACCAGCAUCAAAUUGCCGGAAUCGGUUGGCACGACACCCAUGGUGUCACCGGGAACAGUUGUGACGCCUCGUGCAUCGAAUGGCUUCUCAAUGGUUCCUGCAACUCCUGGAUUGGCGAUUGGCGCAGCCACACCGGGCUUUGCGCCAUUGAACACUAUGCUUCCUCCCACUGCAGAAGAAGAGCCAGUGCAGACUCCCAACGGGGCCCCUUCAAGGUCAUCACGCGUGCAGACCCCGCAAGUGCAGACACCUCAUGUACAGCCAACACCGUCGGCGACGGAAUCCCAGAGCGUCGACUAUUUCUCUUCAAACAACACCACGGCCAACAAUCAGUCUGAGGCAUCUUCGGAAAGCGAAAAAGUACCCAAAACACCGGGAGGUGGCCCGGUGACGACGGAUAACAGCGCUCAGGGCCUGGUCUCGACUCCGACAUCUCCUACUGAGGAGCGGAAAAAGGGCCUCUUUGGCAAGAAGUUCGGCAUGGGCAUGUCCUUCCCUAAGAAGAUGGCGAGCCGUUCGUCUGCAGAAGUAAAACCGCCCGUUGUAUCAACAGAAGAGAGAUCCUCUGACACGGCGUCAGUCCGUUCCUCGGAGAAGGACGUCGAGAAGGUCAACAUCGAAGAUAACUUUUUCGGUGUCGUUCAGAAGAUCAGGCUAGAGUAUGAGGAGCAUCUCGAGACCAAACCCGAUCAACCUCUGCCGCAAGGGAUAACUCCUUCUCUACCGACAGAAACGCCUGUAUUACAUCCACCGCCACACACCACCAUCAUCAUCCAGGAAGAUAACCCAGAAAGUGGUGGAUUGGCGGACCUCUACAGGGGUGAGAUCAGUGAGUUGGGCAAUCCUGCAGAGGUUGAUGCCCUCGAGAAGAUUGCCCCCAUGUGGCUGGGUGACUUGUUACUGAAGAACCAAAUCCCCUUCAAAGACACCGUCAAGGUGUCCUUCGUCUUGCACCCCUACGAGAAUUUACUGCCACCCAUUGCUUCACCUGACGGCAAUGCUCGGCUUAACGCGAACCGGAUGCUCCGCGCGAAGAAAAUCAUGGCGUACAUCGCUGAAAGGAUUGAAGCCCCCGCAGGUCAACAGGCCCAGUCUACCGAGGCCACGGAAGGACAACAGCCCACUGAAACACAGCAUGCCGAGAUCACCCCUGCCGAAGCAGAAGAGAACCCGGAGUCCCAGCUCAAGCCGGAGGAGUACUUGGAGCUGUACUGCCAAAACCAGCUGGUGCAUCCCAACACCACACUGGCCACACUACGCGUGCAUGUUUGGCGAACCGGUGGCGACGUGGUGCUGUAUUAUAAAUCCAACGGAAGGAAAAAGUUGACGUUACCCCAUCCCUCACAGGUGCCCACGGAUGUAGAGAGUGAGGAGACGACGGGUGUCGUACGAUAG